AUUUCCUAACAAGAGCUCUACCUAAAAAUAUGUUAAACAAGUUAAAAUAAUGUUCCCUUUUCUAUUUUAUGGAUAUAUUAAUAGCCUAUUCACUUCGUAAAUAUGACAAGAAAGCAUAAAUCAAAAAUGUAUAAAAAGGAGAUUAAAAACAAAACCUCCUAUUUGACGAUGUUAUCAGAAUUCAAUAAGUUAUUUUUCGAUAUGAGUUCAAUCCAUGGCUUUCCACAUAUCUCGCAAGAAGGACGUCAUCCUAUAGAACGUGUCCUUUGGGUAGCCAUCGUAGCUGUAGCUGUCUAUGGAGCUGCUAUUUUAAGCAGUUUGACGUUAACCAGAUACCGCGAGAAUCCAACAGUAAUAUCAAUGGAAAGAGACAGAUUUAGCUGGAACACCUCUUUCCCACCCGUAACCAUUUGCGCCACAAAAAAGUACGAUCCUAUAGUACUAGAUGAUUACGUACAAAAGAAUGACAGUAUAAAAGACAAAGAACUUUUUAAAAAGUUUAUUAUCUCAUUGACGCAAGCUAGUUAUUUAAAUCUGGAAACAGUGGUAGACUACGAAGGGAUUCCAGGGGAAGAGUUUAUUAAUUUAAUAAAUCAGUUCAAAUUCCGCUUUCAAGUCAGUACUACCAAUUCUGCCGGACAGGAAAAAGCAGUGAGGAUUGAACCGACGUAUACUGAAAUGGGCAUAUGCUACACUGUAAAUUCGCAUAUUGCUAUAUACAAUUCAUACGAAUACUGGAGCAACGGAAGCUGGAAAUUAUUACCAGAAAAAGACAUAUUUUACAUAAAUCCUUUAGAUGGCGAAGUAUUUGCAAACGUUAUUAAUAUAACAAGUGGAUAUCAGAUAUAUUUUCACGGUCCGUACGAAUUCGUCGACAUCGCUAGCAAGAACUUGUACACAGAAGAGAGCACUUUUCUCCAGAUGUACCUCUCUGCGUUAUCGAUUUUCGCCAGUGACAGAACUAAAGGUCUUAGUCCGAAACAAAGAAAAUGUCGGUUUUAUUACGAAAGCAACUUGUCUCAUUUUCCUGUGUACUCUUACGUUCUUUGCAGAAUGGAAUGCCGUGCUGCUUUGUCUAAAAAGCUAUGUGGAUGUUUACCUCAUUUCUACCGGCGAUUAGGUGAGGAAAAGGUAUGUGACGUCAAAGGUCUACACUGUCUAGCAAAACACAAAGAGAAACUAAUAUUUUUAAAAGAACAAUGUUCUUGUAUAGCCAACUGUGAAGAAGCUGUAUAUGUGGUCGAAUUCCUAGAUGAAAGAGAAUGGUUUUUGGGUUCGAAUCUCCAAUGGGGAAUGGUGGAAUAUCCCAAAAUGCGUCUCAAGCGGGAUGUUAUAUUUGGUUUUUCCGAUUUAUUAGUAUACAUUGGCGGUAUGGCUGGUCUCUUUCUAGGAUGCAGUGUCCUUAGUUUUAUUGAAAUUGUAUAUUUUUUCACCCUACGAUUAUUCUGGUUUAUAGUUAGAUAUGACAGAAAUAAGUAAAACUCAUAAAACUUGCUGUUUGGAUUUCGAAUUGAGAAGUUACUGAAGAGGGAAGUAUGUAAAUUGUAUUAACAUUUUUAUUAUAAAUGUUUACGUGAAAAUGAAUCCAUCAUGAAUGUAAAUAGUAUAUUGUACAACAAGAGAGAAAAAAGACAUAUUUCUCACGAGCGCAGAAAUUUGUUGGUACUCGCCUAGUGCCUCGGCUCGUGCCGCAAAUCAAGCGAGAGAGAAAUAUGUCCUUUUCUCUCGUGUUGUACACUGUACUUUUUCUAUGGAUGCGUUUUUGUCAAGAGUUCACACUUCAAAAUUAAAUAAUUUAGGUGCUUUUAGGUAUAUUAUAUGCCUAAAUUGAAAUAAAAUACAUAUAUACACAUAGGUAUUUAAUAUGCUUAAUAUUUAUAUACUUUAUUUAUUUAAAAUUAUAAUUCACAGUUGAACAGUCUUAGAAGAUAAUUUUUGAUAAAUUUUGACAAGCUUGAACACAUUUUGUUUGACAAAAAUAAUUGUGUUUGUAUUGUGCAUGUUACCAUGGAAAUGGCGAUCAUAUGUAUGUAAACCGGCGGUGAACCCGUGAGAAAAAAUAUUUCUCACUGCAAUGGCCGACUUUUCCCACUGCCUGAGAAAUUGGUUAUUUUGAAUGUAUGUAAGUAGUGAGAGAAGUUGCACAUUGUAUAGCAUCCAUAGAAAAAAUAUUUUUAUCAAUAUUGGUAUAUCAACACUUAUAUAGGUACGUAAUAAAUUCUUAAUUUCAAUUAACAAACAAAAUACUUCUAAGUUAAAUUUAUAAUAAAAAUACAAUAAUUAUAAUAAAUUAUUGAAAUAGAUAGUUAUUUACGUUACAAGACAGGAAAGUGGUGUUUUUCAGGUCGGGCCAAACAGAUUCCAGGGCGAGCCGCAGGCGAGCUCUGGAAGCUUGGGGAGACCUGAAAAACACUAAUUUUCGGUCGCGUGAAGAACAAUAUUUUUUUUAAGACCGACACUGUUAUGUAAAUUUAAUUCUUUAUUUUAUUUUACUUUAUACAAUAUAAUGAUUAACAAAUACUAAAACCAGAUACUGAAUAUAACUGCAUAAACUGGAUAAAUAGACCGAUCAAAUAAAAUUACAAUACAUGUAAAUCAAAAUGUAAUUCCGUACAGGUUGGAAUAAAUUUUUUAUUAAA